ACCAUGAACUAUAUAAUUAAAAUAAUUAGAAUAAUGAGAUAGGAUUUUAGGCAAAGAAUUAAGCAGCGUGUCAAAUGUCAAAUGCCAAAUAAUCGAUGGUUCGAUGGAUUUAUGAUUUCAUGACAUUUCAUUUUUUUGAAUCAUCUAGAAUUGGCUACAAUAUCGCAUUACGAAUUUAUUCGUUAAUAAAUGUUACGAUUUUUACCCUUCACUUUAAAGCUGAAGAGUUUGAAACAAAUAAAGUCUUCUCACAAUAAUAAAUCAUUCAUUUCACUUACGAGAAGAAAAUACAGCAAAAUGGUGAAAUAUUUGAAUCAAUCGGAAGCUAUUAAUAUUGAUAAAGAUCUAUUCGAAAAAUAUAAAUUCAGUGUUGAUCAAUUGAUGGAAUUGGCUGGACAAAGUUGCGCUAUUGCAAUUGCAAAAUCUUAUCCAUUGUUGGAAAACUCGAAUAAAGUGCUAGUAUGUUGUGGGCCAGGCAACAACGGUGGUGAUGGUCUGGUUUGUGCCAGACACUUGAAACAUUUUGGAUAUUCACCAGAAAUUUAUUAUCCAAAAAGGACAAGUAACGUAUUAUAUGAGAGGCUGUUACAUCAAUGUAUCGAAAAUGAUAUUCCUGUACUGGAAAAUCAACGUAUAGAGAAAGCUACAGAUUCCACAAUUUUGCAAGAAUAUGCAAUUAUAAUAGAUGCUCUGCUUGGAUUCAGCUUCAAACCACCAGUGAGAGAACCAUUUGUCUGCAUUAUUAACAUGUUAAAAGAUACAACCGUUCCUAUUUGCAGCAUAGAUAUACCAUCAGGUUGGGAUGUUGAGAAUGGUCCAUCAGAAGCUGGUGGCAUAAAACCACAAAUGUUAAUAUCUUUAACGGCACCAAAGAUGUGUGCAUCCAAAUUUGAAGGAAGAUUUCAUUAUUUGGGUGGACGAUUUGUACCUAAAAAGCUGGAGUCUCAAUAUAAUCUUAAUUUACCAAAAUAUGUUGGUACAGAUCUUGUUAUUAAGAUGAGAUAGAUGAUAUAGAGAAAGAAAGAUGAAGAAAAUAAGUACAGAAUAAUUCAUGCAUUCAAAAAUUGUAUUUGAAUCAGAUUGUAUAAAGUAUAUAUAAUUAUCAAAUACCUAAAAAAUGAUUUUUUAUACUAGAAUAAUUCUUAAAUACAAUUUAAUGUAUAAUAAUUUUUUUUUUGCUAUAUUGUGCAAUAAAGCCUUUUCU